AGCGGAUGGUGCCACUCAGGUGCCCGCUCCCGACGCUGCCGGAUCGCCUCCCUCGCCCGCAGCAACCAACUGUUGCUUACGCCCCCGCCGCCCUGCCCCUCCUGCAUCCGCCGCCCCUGCUCCUCCACGCCCACACUCUCGCCUUAGCAUGAAGUGACCUUCAUAUCAUCCCAAGCACGCGCGGUGGGUUUAGGAGGCAGGCGCCAUGGGGGCGGUCAAGGAAUGGCUGAACAACUGUCGAGAAUCACGAAAGUUGAUUCUCUUUAUCGUCGCCAUAGCUCUGCUCCUGGAUAACAUGCUCCUCACGACUGUGGUGCCGAUCAUCCCGAAGUACUUGUACCAAAUUCGCCAUCCCAAUUCCACGGCACCUCCACCGCCCACGCCUAAGCCCACGCCCACGCCCCCGGAAAACAUCACGACAGUCCUCCCUGCUUAUCUCGUCAACACAAACAAUGGUUGCCAGCCUUGUGUGUGUGAAGGAGAGAAGCCCGAGGUAGUGACUGAGGCCCCCCCACCCCCCCCAACCAAACCCUCGUGUAGCCCCGGGACCCCCCCUGCUGAGCCCGGCGAUGACCCUGGCAAGCCGCCGCCCACGACCGAAUUCCUGACGAGGACGGAGAGGCCGCCCGACCUGCCGUCGUCGACUGCGAUCGUGCACCACAGGGGCUCGGAGCUCCUGGGCAUGAACCACGAAGACCUGGUCAACGAGAACGUGGAGGUGGGCCUGCUGUUCUGCUCCAAGGCGGUCGUGCAGCUCAUUACCAACCCUAUCAUUGGGCCGCUGACGCACAGGAUUGGCUACAGCAUCCCGAUGUUCACUGGUUUUGUCAUCAUGUUCUUGUCCACGCUGAUCUUCGCGUUUGGGUCCAGCUAUCCAGUGCUCUUCGUGGCCCGGGCCGUGCAGGGUAUCGGCUCCUCCUGCUCGUCGGUGUCGGGUGAGUUUCUUUAA